AUUUACCUCUUUCAGUAAAAUACCGUUUUAUUAAACAAUGUUGUCCGUCGGUCAGAUCGUGUAGCUUGGUACAGUCUGCUUACAAGUCAGUAAAAAUCUGCACGGUCAAGGCAACCGUGUGCUUUCAAUAGCGUAGUAAUCCGAAGUAUGAACUCAAAUUUAAAUACUAAGAAUAAAAGUGGGAACUAGGAAACUUAUGAAUUAUUGAAGAUGGAUUUAACGAAACGGAAAAUAUUUCUUCUGCUGUUAGGCGCAUCUGGUGUGACUCUUAUAGUCUUGGCGAACUUGUUUGAGUUUGGUUCAACCCACGAAGUCUUUCUGGUGGCUGCAAAUUUCCACAACAGUUCAUUGUCAUACCUCACGUCUUUAAACUUGAAUCUCGGUAUUCUUCCAGACAAUAAUAAGAGAAAUAGAGGUUCGUUAGUAAGCAAGGGAUUCAGGAGUAAUUUAGAUGAAUUAGUAAGAAAUCCAAAGUUUAACAUAACGGAUGUUACAUUACGUUACAGGAAAAAGCAUACUAAAAGUUUAUCGCGUGAUGACGCUGCUAUUAAUAGAUCUAACAACGGAAUUGAAAUUGAUACAGUGACUAAAGUUUCUAGCAGUGAUAGUAUUGAUGACUGGGAUUUAAGUAAAUCUCGCGUUAAUAACGAUAGUCCUACUAAUUAUGACUCGGAUAAUAGUGUCAAUGUUGGUGAAAUGACUAGAGUAACAAACAGUGCUAUACAUAAUCAGGUGUCAGUGAACUUUCGUCCAGAUUAUUCCUAUAUAGAAACAAGAAGAACUAAUGAUAUCAAAACAAAACCUGUGUCUGCAAAUUCACAGAGCCAAAAUGCAUUAAACAAUGACCAUAACUCCAAUAGUAAUCAGCAAUUAUUAAAACAAUAUCUUUCAAAAUUGACUCAUGAAACGGAAAUAUCAAACCGGGCGAAGAAUGGUUUGGAAAAGGGUUUCCUGUAUAGAAAUAGAUCGGUUUAUGGGAACAAACCGCCGAAAGAAGUAAAACAAUUUAGUGUUGGUAUUGAAAAUGUCAAAGACAAAAAUGAUAAUGAGUUGAUUAACGAAGAUGUUCUAAUACCACCUAAAGACAACCGUGAAAUCAACGUGAUUAAUAACUUACCAAAGCGAAAAGAGAGCGUAAAAGAUAACGAUAAAGUUGAUGAAGAAGCCCUUAAACCAUUAUCUAACCAGAAUACAAGUGAGUCAAACAAAAUCUUUCAGACGAUAUCACAGAGAAACGAAGUUGAUAGAACUGAAAACACUCAAAAUCGCCAAGUAAACACAGGUGACAUUCCGCCUGAAAUUUUACAAAAAUAUAUGAAAAAUAAUGAACAAAUAGCAAACGAUGACGAUUUUGAAUUACUUGAAACAAAAGCGUCCGAGGAUAACAAACGUGAUAGAAAUUUCAACGGAAAUGGAAGAUAUCUUAAUGGCGGUAUUCUUCAAGACAAUAACAAUAUUCAGCCCCAAAAUAUUCAAGAAGCAAUGGGUAAUAAUGUGUUUCAUCAGACGAUGGAUAUUCCAGACAGUGGGCAAAUGGAAAGUCAUGCUGAUCAUGGCAUUCCAGACAAUUAUAGGCGACUUGAAAGUCAGACUGAUCAAGACAAAGAUGUAUUAGCUGUAGAAGGGUUUUCUCUAGAUACCAGCUGUUCAAGGGGGUUUAGUUCGUUUGAGGAUAUACUUUGUAUGAAGCGACCACAGUUCUUACCGGACUUCCGGAAUCCUUGCUGGUACCAGCAUGGAAUUUUAAGAUGUCUGCCUUAUUUCCAUAUCAUUGGCGUAUGUAAAACGGGAACCACAGAUCUAUUCGAACGCCUUUCUCAUCAUCCUCAGAUUUUGAAAAACCGUGGAAUUCUGGGUAAAGAAACGUGGUAUUGGACUUGGAGACGCUAUGGACAUAGUAAUUUCUACAGGUCAUAUGCAGAGAUGAUGACAUUGAACGAUUUUAUUGACCAGUUUGAAGCUCCUGCUAUAGAGAGUUACACGAAGAGACUGCCUAAUGGAACACUAUAUCAUCCGGCUGUUACAGGACAUGGAGACCCUAUGGACUUCUGGGAUCAGUCGUCAUGGAAACGGAUACCACAGAAUGACUUUACUGCUGAUAUUCCAAGACUGACCACGCCCAGUUUAAUAAAGCACGUGAAUCCAAACAUAAGACUAAUUUUGAUCUUAAGAGAUCCAAUAGAGAGAUUAUUCAGUAACUAUUUGCACGGGCAAUUUGGAUCUACGGCGGAUGAAUUUCACCGUGAUGUGGUAUUAUCUCGUGCCUUAUUGAAGGCAUGCACGGCAAACCGGAGCAUGAAGUCAUGUUUGUAUGAUGAAAACAUCAUCAGAUCUUUAAGAGUACCAAUUUCCGGAAGUUUUUACUCCGUUCAUAUCAAGGAAUGGUUGAAAGUGUUUCCAAGAAAACAAAUAUUUAUCACCAGAACUGAAGCAUUUGCUAAAAGCAUCGCAAACACAUUGCUUGGAAUUUUUAGAUUUCUUCGUCUAGACCCAUUGCCAACGAGAGAUUUAUACCGUAUUGCCAACAUGCCACAUUUCUAUAACACAAAAGCCAAAGAAACAUCCGGUUCUAUACGACCAGAGACAAUAGAUAUUCUAAGAGUAAUGUUUGAACCAUAUAAUAUAGAAUUAGCCGGCAUCUUAAACGAUGAAAAUUUUAAUUUUAAUAAUGUCAGCUGAACUUCAGGUUUUGACGUCACGAUAUCAAUUGAAGACCAGUCAAAAACUGAAUUGGAAUCGUACUCCGAUUAUUCACUCCACAGUGUUACAGAAAAGACCAAAAAGUCAUAUGCUGUGAUAAAUUUGACAGGUAUUGAAAACUACAUAUAGAAAACUACAUAAACACAAUUUGAUGCUACAAUUUUGUAUGAGCUUAAAUACUGUAUGUAGAUAUAGAUUGAAAAAAAUCUGCAGGAAAACCUCGGUGUAUAGGUGUAUACGAUGAUUUAGACGGAAGUGCAACUUACUAAUUGAGGAAACGCAGACAAUACUCGGGUGUUCAUGUGACAUUUAUUUGCUAAUGCUAAUGUUUCGUUCAAUAUUUGAAUAAUAUACAUAUGCCAUGAGGAGAUCUAAUGUUAUGUACAAUAAACAUGUGAUCACUCACCCCUAUAUCUUAAAGCGAGUAAACGUUUGUAUUAUUUAGCCCCAUGCUGCCAAAGUAUAUUAUGUCUUCAUACAUCGUCUUAUUGAUAUUCUGUUACGAGAUUUAUCAUUUUAUUUGUGAACAUUAUAGCUAUGCUAUAUUUUGCAUCUUUGCAUGCAUAUUUUUACAGCAAUAUUUACAUUUAUAUUUUUAUAAGAAAAAUAAAGAAAAAUGCUAAACCAUA